UUGCCACAGGAAGCAGAAAAACAAACAAAGCGGAAGUGCUGAAAAAAUUACCUCGCUAACAGUUUUAGCAGCGGAGCGGCAAACUGGGUCUUUCCGUGUCAAACUCGAUUGCUGUUAUCGUAUCGCCGCCGAAACAUGGACAGAUAGUGUUUGCUUCACUGGGUUUACAUCCGUGGUGCCUGUAGAAAGAUCUGCCACAUCUGUGCCCAACUCAGACGGCCUCUCAGGACUCAUUCAGGCACAGACGAACACAACACUUCUCACAGCUUUGAUACUCCAGAGUUCUUGUGCUUUUACCUGCGGCUACCAGCAUGGCCAACAGCACCGCAGCAACAGUAGUAGUGAAGGGUAUGCCCACGGUGAUUGCGGGCAGGAGUAGUCCAGAGGGAUCUCAGGUGCUCAGUAAGAAGAAGCUGCAAGACCUGGUGAGAGAGAUUGAUCCAAAUGAGCAACUGGAUGAGGAUGUUGAGGAGAUGCUGCUACAGAUUGCAGAUGAUUUUAUAGAAAGUGUAGUGACAGCAGCCUGUCAACUGGCACGCCAUCGCAAGUCCAACACCUUGGAGGUGAAGGAUGUUCAAUUACAUCUAGAGCGACAGUGGAACAUGUGGAUUCCUGGUUAUGGCUCAGAUGAGAUCCGGCCGUUCAAGAAGGCUUGCACCACAGAGGCCCACAAACAGAGAAUGGCACUGAUCCGCAAGACAACCAAAAAGUAGCAAGAAUCAUGUCGUACCCACUCUGUGUAUUCCCUUUUUGUUUAGUUUGUUGUUGUUUUAUUUUCAAUUGGGGUUUUUUUUUUUUCUUUGACUAAUGAAGAAAAUGGUUCUGGUGUGGCUGUUUCUGUUUUUGACAUUAGAUCAGAUUUCAUUGUCAUGUCUCCCUAACAUUUGAGUGUUUUGCCAGAACCGUCACUCAGUAAUAGUAUUUGUAUGUCUGAUUUUGGUUUGUUGCCAUUAAGCUAAGUCUGGCAGAACAUUACGUUUUUAUCAAUAAACAUUACUGGAGUACUUCUUCUGAA